ACCACCUCACUUGCUCCCGGUACUCCCGUCGCCGCCAUGUUCUGGUCGGGCACGCUUCUCAGCGCCACCGGCCCCUUGGCCAAGGCAUGGCUAUCUGCCAACCAGGAGCGCAAGGUGUCGAAAGUCCAGAUUUUGCAGCACAAUCUCCAGGACAGUGUCGACGCCAUUAUCGCUCCCAACGAUGCCCCCUUAGCUCUCCGUCUCUCCGGCCAGCUCCUGCUAGGUGUCGUUCGCAUCUACAGCCGCAAGGCCCGCUACCUGCUCGACGACUGCAAUGAAGCUCUUGUCAAGAUCAAAAUGGCUUUCCGUUCGACUGGCAAUCAUGAUAUUCCCACAAACUUGCACAUUCAGAACAAGGAAGCUCUAAUGUUGCCUGAUAAAAUCACAAUGUACGACAACCUCGAUUUGCUCCCACCACCAAGCUCGGAUUUCCUCCUGUCACAACUGGAUGCGAUCACUGCGACGCCCUCUAUGGCCCGCAAGGCUCGUGCGCUGAACCGAGAUACAUAUUUGCAAGAGGAUUUCAACAAUAGCCAGUUCCUUCAAAAUACAUAUCAGGAUGAGGACGAGGAAAUGGGACUCGGUAAUUUCGAUGACGAUCUUGGUCUGAAACUGGAUUUUGGUGAGGAUAUUGUUGAAGGAUCAAGGCUGGACCGGAGCGUGGAAAUGGGCAGAGAUGCGCCUCCCGUCCGGUCUGUUGAGGACGACAUGCUCAGCGAGAUGGACUUCGACCUGGGCAAGGACAGAAACGAGCGUGCCGUCUCCCUGGAAGGACUUGACUUUGGCGAUGGCGUUCACAUCAUGGAUGAUGAGGGCGAUAUCGCCAUGCCAGACGAUGUCACGCUCAAUGUUGGUGAUGCGUCUGCGAUGCCCGCAGCUGCUGGCCCCGAUAUGAGCCGCGCCCGCAUCUCGGAGUCCCCGCUGUCCGACAUUGAUGAGGAGUUUGCCAAGGAGGUUGAGAUGGAGUACAGCCGCCACAUGACUACCGAUCUGUACGAGCCUAGUGACGAGCCAACCGCCACCAUUGCCAACGCCCCUCAGCGCCAGAAGAAGAGAAAGCUACUCCAACCUGAUGAGCAAACUGUUCUGUCUACUCAACAGAUCAGGGAACAGCAGGCGAAGCGCGACAACAUCUUGAAGCCACAGUCCUUCCUCACUCACGACCCGUACAUCACUGGUCUUGAGGACCUCCACAAAAAUGGUGGCUUUAUUCAGAACAUUUUGUUUGAGGGCCGCAGUGAUGGGUGGGCUCCCGAGCUGAAGGGUCUCUUGUCCCUUGGCUCGAUUCGGCCAAAUGAGCUCAAGCGGAAGCGCGAUAGCGGCGUUGCCGACAUGGAGACGGACGAAGAGCAAAACAGGUCCAAGUCUCCCCGUCUUGAACUUCCCGCCGACGAGAGCGUUUUCAACAUGGACGGGACCGUUAUUGGCAACCAGUCCAUCGCUGCCGAUGGCACAGUUCUCGAUAUUCCCGCUGAUGAGACUGCUGUGCUGCAGCACGACGAAGAGGGGGAGAGGCGCCACGAGGCCUCUAGCCCGAUGCCCAACUUUGAUGAGACCAGCGUUCCCAUCGUUCACCCCGCUGACAGCGGGCCCGUAUCGAUUGGCACCAAGCAUGCUGUCCAUAUCCUGCGCGACCUCUUCGGUGCUGAGGCCGAAACCAAUGCUGAAGUCCGCAAGAAGAAUGCCGUUGUCUUCCAGGAACUCCUGCCAGAAGGAAGGACAAGCAAGGCCGAUGCCACCAAGAUGUUCUUUGAGUGCCUUGUCCUUGCCACCAAGGAUGCCAUCAAGGUCGAGCAACCCGAGGGAUCCCUUGGCGGCCCAAUCCGGGUGCGCGGCAAGCGUGGUCUCUGGGGUGACUGGGCCGAGAGGGAAGCAGGUGGUGAGAUGGCUCGUGAGCAACAUCAAGGUAACGAGCCCGGGCAUGCUGUGGCUACGACUGCUGCCGUGUCUGUUUCGGCUUAG